AUGUCUAUCAUCCAGCAACACAGCAACGCCACCCUCGGUGACGCUUGGCGCACCAUCAACAUCGACGCGCUCACCGAGGACUCGUCCGUCAACUUCGACACCUCCACUCUCCAUCCUCCCCAGCCCGAGAUAUCCGAGGCGGAUGCGCGGCAAAUCAACACACAGGUGCGACAGCUGCUGCGCGGGGGCGACGCCGAGGGUGCUUUGAGGGGAUGCCUAGACACACCGGUAUACAAUGGCUCAGAGGCGGCAAAGGAUGCGCAUCUGCAAACCAUCACCGAAGUGCUGCAGUCGAUCAAGGCGAGCGAGAUGAGCCCAUUGCUCAAGAGCAUUUACAGCUCAGAGGGCGGAAACGAGGCAUUGGAUGUUCUGAUGAAGUACAUCUACAAAGGAAUGGGCGCUGGCGCUCCCAAGGUCUCGAGAACGCCAUCUGGCGUAACCCCCCAGUCUACAGGAGGGUUUAGCCAGGUAGGAGGACGCCCAGGUUCGAACGAGCCCACGGGAGCAGCAAUGAGUGUGCUGCUGAGCUGGCACGAGAAGGUUGUGGAUGUGGCUGGCCUGGGCUGCAUCGGACGCACGAUGACCGAUUGGAGGAGAGUAUAA